AUGGGUCGAUUGACUAUUAUCAAGCACGUCCGCAUCUUUGAUGGCGGAUCUAUCCAUGGUCCUAGAACUGCAGUCAUCGAGGGAUCGCAUAUCGGCGACGAUGCUCUAGCCGAUGACCCAGACCCGUCCACGGUCGAAGUCGUCGACGGAACCGGAUGUACCUUGCUGCCUGGUCUGAUCGAUUGUCACGUGCAUAUCCUCGACGAAGCUCAGUUGGCCGCAUGUGCGUCUUAUGGUGUCACGACCGUUUGUGAUAUGGCGUGUGUGCCGCUAGAGAAGUAUGUUAGGUUGCGAGCGGCAAAGGGUCCUACGACUUGGUUGAGCUCCAGCCUUCCCGCUUAUGAGGAAAAUUCCAGACAUGGCAAGUUAUUCAAGCUUGCCAGAGUCACUCCAGAUCACGCGGUCCAUAAUACCGAAGAAGCCGCAAAUUUUGUGCAAGAUCGAGUCGAUGAGAAAGUCGACUAUGUCAAGAUCAUCGCAGAUUUCCCGGGUCACGAGCAAGCCGUCCUAGAUAUGAUUCAGGUCGAAGCGAAGAAGCAUGGGAAAAUGACGGUAGCUCAUACAGCACAAUUCCAUUCAUUCGAACGGGGCGUGCAAGCAGAUUUCGAUAUCCUAACUCACGUGCCCUCGGAUAAAACCCUCGACAACAAUAUCGUUGAUAAAAUGGUAAGUCAGAGGACAGUCGCGGUACCAACCCUCACCAUGAUGCAGAAAAUGGCGGAUAGUUGGGUUUUGUGGAUAGCUAGUUGGAUAUUUCCAUCGCUCGGCCGUAGGAAUUUUCAAGUUUCUCUUGACAGUGUGACGGUGAUGCACAAUGCGGGCGUGCCUAUCGUCGCGGGUACGGAUGCGAACAAUAGCGGGAUCUUCUCAAUCGUGCCUGGAGUGUCGCUACAUCACGAAUUAGAACUGUUAGUCCGAGCCGGACUAACGCCAAUUGAGGCGUUACGAGCAGCCACGUCUUUAGCGGCGCAGCACUUCAAUCUUACGGACCGAGGCCGAAUCUCUCCUGGUUUGAGAGCUGAUCUAGUUCUUGUGGAGGGCAAUCCAGACGAAGAUAUUACGGCGACAGCGAGAAUAUCAAAGGUCUGGAGCAAUGGAGAGGAGGCCACGAUACCUGCGCAGCACCGGCGAGCCGGUUUAGGAAGUUGCGCUGUAAUGUAG